GCCACAGACCGGACGUCGUCUCGCUCCGCUCUUGGCAGACGAAGCCGCUGUCGUUGACUCUUCGUCUCUGCAACAAUGGCGACCGAUGUGAGGCAGGAGCUCGCACAGCUAAUGAAUUCAACUGGAUCUCACAAAGAUCUCGCUGCCAAAUAUCGACAAAUUUUGGAGAAGGCCAUUCAGUUUACAGAUGCAGAGCAGCUGGAAUCCUUGAAGGCAUUUGUUGAAGCAAUGGUCAACGAAAAUGUCAGUCUUGUCAUCUCGAGACAGCUGCUCACUGAUUUUUGCACACAUCUGCCCAACCUGCCCGACGCCACAGCUAAAGCCGUGUAUCACUUCACCUUGGAAAAGAUCCAGCCCAGGGUCAUCUCCUUUGAGGAACAGGUAGCCUCAAUCAGACAGCACUUAGCAACCAUUUAUGAAAAGGAGGGAGACUGGAGGAAUGCUGCUCAGGUUUUAGUUGGUAUUCCCCUGGAAACAGGACAGAAGCAAUACAAUGUUGACUAUAAGUUGGAUACAUACCUGAAAAUUGCCCGUCUCUACUUAGAGGAUGAUGACCCAGUGCAGGCGGAGGCUUAUAUCAACAGAGCCUCAUUGCUUCAGAAUGAGUCCUCUAAUGAACAGCUGCAGAUACACUAUAAGGUGUGCUAUGCCAGAGUCCUAGACUUCAGGAGGAAGUUCAUCGAGGCUGCACAAAGAUACAACGAGCUGUCUUAUAAGUCGAUUGUCCAUGAGACUGAACGUCUGGAAGCACUGAAACAUGCCCUAAACUGCACCAUACUGGCUUCUGCAGGCCAGCAGCGUUCCCGUAUGUUGGCCACUCUCUUUAAGGAUGAGCGCUGUCAGCAGCUGGCCGCCUAUGGUAUUUUGGAGAAGAUGUACCUGGACCGUAUUAUCAGAGGAAACCAGCUGCAGGAGUUUGCUGCCAUGCUGAUGCCUCACCAGAAAGCCACCACAGGGGAUGGCUCCAGCAUCCUGGAUCGAGCCGUGAUCGAGCACAACCUGCUGUCCGCUAGCAAACUCUACAACAACAUCACGUUUGAAGAACUAGGAGCACUUUUAGAAAUCCCCCCAGCAAAGGCCGAGAAAAUAGCUUCCCAGAUGAUCACCGAGGGACGCAUGAACGGCUUCAUCGACCAGAUCGACAGCAUCGUACACUUUGAGACCCGUGAAGCCCUUCCGACCUGGGACAAACAGAUCCAGUCUCUGUGUUUCCAGGUCAACAACCUCCUAGAAAAGAUCCGUUCGGCUGCUCCGGAGUGGGCGGCCCAGGCCAUGGAGAGCCAGAUGACCCAGUAAACACGCCCACAACACGGUUCCCCCCUCAGUCUGUCUUAAAGUGUCGUCUUCCUGCUCCAAAAAAACCCCCGUCACCAUCACUUGUUUGACUUUUUCAUAGAACUCUUUAUUACUUUUGUCCACAUGGAAAAUAGUUCAAUGUUUCUCAAUAUUUCCGAUGCAUUGACCGAAGGACUGCAGUGUAACGUUUGAGUGACUUCCCGUUAUUUAACUGGCAUGUUAACCGUUUUGGAUGUGAUUAUUCAGAUAGUUGACAUGUAAUGGGGUCAAAAAGGCGUUUGCGUUGCGACACAUUCUCCUGUUUUUAAACGUGACACAGAAACAUCUGUCAAGUGGUUCUUCGUCAUGUAAAAAAAAAAAAAAAACAUUCUCGGUCGACUGUGAAAUUCUGAAUUAAAUUCAAAAGCGGAGAUUUGUUCAGCGUCUCGGUUGAGUGAUUUUUUAAUUUAUUUUUUCUAAUUCAAUUCAAAUGUUUUCUAAUUUUAAUCCAAAUUCGUAAAGUCUUGAAAUGGUCGGUUGGAAACUGCCAAAAUUAAUUCAAUUGUGUUUAGUGUGACGUAGAAUAAAUACAUUUGGGGAAAUAAACAAGGUGAGAAUACAUACUUUUUCAUUUUACAUUUAAAAUAUAUGAAAAGUAAAUGCAUUAAUAAUUGUCAAAGUUAAUUUAAAUAAAAAGGGAAAACUAAAUAGAAGUAGAUAUGGGAAUUAAUACACAUUUUAAUGAAUAAAUAAGAACAUUUAAAUAGAAAUAUAAAUGUAUGUAACACUUUAUCAAUUAAUUAAUGCCUACAACAUUUUUCUAUAUUUUUGAUACAUUUAAUUGCAUACAUUUUUACUUUUUUGCAGUUCCACAUCAUGUUCAUCUGACGUGCUGCUGUCUGUGUGGUUUGAGCAGUUCAAAUGUAUUUAAUUAAAUAAGUAAAAAUGUACGACGAGA